AUGGUGUUCGGUAUCUACGCUUGGCCCCUUCGACUUCUUGCCUUCUCUGGUAUUUUUGCUCUUUUGUUUUCCGCAUUGACCAUGGCAUCCCCAAACACCACAACCACUCCCAGAAUCGUCGAUUUGGCUGCUCAAAUCAGCACUCUGGUCGCUCAAUUUCAGGAGCAUCUUUCAGCCCACAAUCUGUCAAGCCCGUCAUUUGCUGAGGAAGGUCCUGAUACCUUUCCGCCUGAGAUUUCCCAUUUGAAGGAUGCUCUCCUCGACGCAACUGCUGAGAUGCAUGAGCUGCUCCUUGACCCCUUAUCAUUGCUCUUCAAAUUCGCUGCUAUCUCCAACCUCGUCAGCAUCGAUGCAAUCAGCCGUUACAAAAUCCCCGAUAUGAUACCACCUGGUAGUCAGAUCUCUUUUGACGAGAUUUCCCAAAAGACAGGCCUUCAGAAAGGCCCUGUGAGACGUCUUCUUCAACACGCCAUGUCCAUGCGUAUCUUGACGGAACCCGAGCCUGAGAUGGUAGCACAUACUAGAAUCUCGAAAUUCAUGACUAUUCCGUCGAUAAAUAGCUGGGUUAACUUUGAAAGCAGGGAGACUUGGCCUGCCACUACCAGAAUUGUAGACGCGAUUCAGAAAUGGCCAAAUUCACAAGAAGCAAACGAGACUGGCUUCAUUCUUGCGAACAACAACAAGUCAGUCCAAGAUAUCGUCACUACGAGCCCCGAGCGAGCAAUGCGUUUUGCGUCUGGAAUGCAAGCAAUAGACUACGUUCCCGGUUACGCCAUCGAGAACGUCUCCACAGUUUAUGAUUGGGCUUCUCUAGGAAACGUGCGCAUCGUCAAUGUUGCUGGAUCUAGGGGCCAGGCCGCAAUUGAGCUGGCAAAGAAUUUUGGAAAUAUCAGGCUACUUGUUCAAGAUUCAGCGAACAUGAUACAAGGCGCGGAAUCAGGAGUCCCCGAAGAGUUGAAAGGACGUGUUGAGUUCAUGGCUCAUGGCCUCUUUGAGCCGCAGACGAUUAAGGCACCUGUCUAUUUCUUUCGCAUGGCCUUCCGUAGUUUGGGUGAUAAGUAUGCUGUUCAAGUUUUGAAAGCACAAAUUCCAGUCCUUGAAUCCGGGGUAAAGAUCCUCCUUCAAGAUGUAUGCAUGCCGGAACCAGACACCAUCCCAUUAUGGAGAGAGCGAAUUUCAAGAUCAGUGGACUUAGCUCUAGAAUGCUUCUCCAACGGUCGUGAACGGUAUCUAGACGAAUGGAAAUACCUGCUUGCUGCGGCCGAUAAAAGAUUCGUUCUUCACCGAGUUUAUGUGCCUAAAGAUUCUUUGUUGGGGAUCUUGGAGAUUCACUGGGACGUAACUUGUUCUGGAGAGGCAUGA